AAUAUUAUCAUUAGUAUUUGUUAUUAUAUUAAUAAAUUGAAUAUUACUUUUAACAUCUAUUUCAAUGAUAAUUUUAUUAAUAUGUAUCAAUUUACCUAGUUUAUUUUGCUUGAUUAGACAUGAAUGAAAAAAAGAUUAAUUCGAAGACUUGUCGAAAAACAUUGUGGUAUUUAGCAAUAUAUAGUCGCUUGGCAGUGUUAUUGUUCCAGUAUAUUUGCAAUACUAUAAUUCCUGAUCAUAAAGCUCAAGGUGUAUUCAUUUCUCCCAGUACUGAAUAUUCAGAUGACUCGAUAUUUGACCGUACAGUGGCUCAUUUACUUGAUGGUUUCCUUCGUUGGGAUGCUCAAUAUUUUCUACACAUCUAUAAGUAUGGCUAUACAUAUGAAAAUUCUUUAGCAUUUUUUCCAUUUUAUCCAAACUUAUUAUGGAUUUUAACUUAUAUUAUUCCUGGUAAUCUUAAUACAUUGUUUAUAAUAUCUGGAGUGGUAGUAAAUAAUAUUUUAUUCAUAGUUACUACAAUUAUCCUAUUUGACUUAACAUUAACUGUACAUAAAAAUAUAGAAUUAUCUCUUAACUCAUCAAUUCUUUUUUGUAUAAAUCCAGCUGCAAUUUUUUUUUCAGCUCCUUAUUCAGAAUCUUUAUAUGCAUUUACUACAUUUUAUGGCAUGUACAAUGUGUACAAAAAUAACAUUUGGAAAUCUUCAAUACUUUUUGGUAUAUCUGUCAUGACUAGAUCUAAUGGCAUUCUAAAUGCAGGUUUCCUUCUAUACUUGAUGAUUCAUUCUGCUGCUAAAAGAAAAUAUAAAUUAAUAUUAAAAACAUUUUUUGGAGUUCUAUUUAUAUUUUUUUGCUUUUCAAUCUACCAAAUUUAUUGCUCUUAUUUAUUUUGUAUUCCUCGAGAAAUUAAAUAUGAUAUUAAUGUUGUAAAUUAUGCUCUUAAACACAAUUUAUUCAUGCCAAAUAAUCAUACUAUAGCAGAAUGGUGUGGAAAAAAACUAGCAUAUACUUAUGUUCAGGAUAAGUAUUGGAAUGUUGGUUUUCUGCGUUACUUUAUGUUAAAACAAAUUCCAAAUUUUAUUUUGGCAUUUCCUUGCAUAUUCCUAAUAUUAAACUUUGGGAUCAAUUAUUUCUAUACAAAUCGAUCGCACAUAAUUAAUUUAGGUAAAAAAAAAAAUGAUUUUGCAUUUAUUGUACAUGCUGUAUUUUUGACAGUGUUUUGUAUAUUUUAUAUUCAUAUUCAAGUAACUACUCGAAUGCUGGCUUCCUCUAGCCCUGUCUUAUAUUGGACAUGUGCAAAAUACUUUAAAUUUCCAAUUUACAAAUCAAAAUUUUUUUUAGCUAGGAUUUUGAGUGAUAAAAAAUGUAGUUUAGUUUUUUUUUAUUUUGUUUUAUAUUUUAUUUUUGGUACAGCUCUUUUUGUAAACUUUUAUCCUUUUACAUAACUCAUAAAUUAGAAUAUAAAAUAUUUAUUGAGAGAAUUAUCUAUGAUAAUUAACAUUUAUUAUAUAAUUUUCUUUUGAAAAUAUUAUAAUUGAUCUCAAAAAUUGUGAUUAAAAACAUUGUGUUUUAUAAUGUAAUAUAAAAUGUCGUCAUUAAUUGUUUAAAGCAAUAAAAUUGUUUUCAAUUUACAAUGAAAUUAGUUAUGGUAUUCUUAUAUGUGAUUAUUAAUGUGAAUUUUAAAGAGUUAUUAUUUUUUAGUAUAGCUUAUAUAGUAUGCGUAAUACCAUUUCUUUUGAAAUAUUUUUAUAAUCAAAAUUAAAUAUAUUAAUGUUAAAUUUGUUACUAGAAACUAGUAAUAUUAUUUUUUUAUUAAUACCUUUUUAUAUUAUUUCUUUAUUUACUGUAAUUUUAACAUGGGUCAUUAUAUAUUUGAAUCACUUUUUGGUCACAUAGUCACUCUAGAUUUGUAACAUAUUUCUACUUUUAUUUAUGUGUAUGAAGCUUUUUAAAGAAUGCGGUCCAAGGAAGUGCAUUUAUUGCUUUACUCCUUUGUCGGCCAUAAUAUUUAUUUGGAUACACUGUAAAAUUAAAAAAUAAUCAUUUUAAAAAGUACAGUGAUUUGUACUUGAUUAAAUCAAAAUUUUAUAUAAUUUUAGGGAUGUAUUAUUUUUUAAAACCAUUGUGAUAUUAAUUUAGUUAAAUGAUUGCUGGUUAUAUUGAACAUUUAAUAAUUCAAAAUUAAAUGUUCGUGUGCAAUAAGUGCACACAUUUAGUAUGUUAAAAUUUAUUAUAAAUUUAAAAAAGUAUAAAAUCAGUAAUAUUAUUAUGUAUAGAUUAUUCUUAUAGUAAAAACUUUGAAAAUAUUUAUAUAGAAUAUUUCAGAAAGAAAAAUCUAGUGUAUUUUUAUGUACUGAGUGUUUCAAAAAAUAAGACUUGUAUUUUUUUAUUUAUAUUAAAAAAAAAUAUUUUUUUUUAAGUAUAAAUACCUGAUGUAAGUUAGAAGAAUACAUACAUGACACAAUUUCAAAAUCAAAAACAUUUCAAUGUUUUUCAUAUUACUAUUAAUAUAAAAGUUGUGUAAGAUAAUGUAUGUUCUUACUACUUAUAUUAUAUAUGUUUUAUUAUUAAAUUAAUUUAUAACACAUGUUUAUUAACAUUGAGAUCAUUCUGAUAUGACAAUUCUACUUCUCUGAUAAAGUAUAACAUUACUUUGUCAUUAACACAAAGCAAUAUUAUUUAAUUUUUCACUAUUAACAAUGGUACAUGAUUGUCUGUGUCCUCCAGGUAAUUAAAACUUAUACAAGGAGAUAGGAACAAUAUUUAAACUUUGAGUAGAAUCCAAUUUUUGGUUUUGACCAAGAUUCCUAAAUAUUGAAUAGACUUCUAACACUUCUUAUUAAAAACUUUAAUUUGAUUUAAAAAUAGCACAUCAAAAGAUUGAUUAUUGUUCAUAAUUUAAUUUAUAUACAUUUUUUUAAGAAUUCGAAUAUUUUAAAUAAAUUUAUCGUUAUGUUAAAAUUCCUAAAAAUAUUUUAAAUUUGCUUUUCUGACCGUUAUUCAUUUUUAGAUAUUUUAUAAAAUAAUUGAAAAUUAGUGUUUUCUCCGAUUUUUGAAAUACAUAUUUCUACUAGUUCAAAUAUGAGUUCUCAUGAUAUGUUUAUCAACAAAAUCGGUCUAGUGAUAGGUAAGCAUUUGUAUAAAGAGUCAAAUCUGCGAAAUAUUCUAAAAUUUGUAAAAUAUCUAUUACUCUUGAACAUAUAAACAUACAUAUAAAAUUUUACUGAAUUUCAAUAAAAAAGUUGAUAAAAAUGCGUUCCUUAAAAAUUAAAUGAUAAAAGAAGUCAAAAGAAGUUUAGGUUAAAUUUUUAUUUAAUAUUGAAAAAAAUAACACCAUUAACAAAAUUUUUUUUCUGAAAAAUAGUAUUAUUGAUUCUUACUAUUAUUUAUUUAUUUUUUGAACAAAAAAUGUCUAUUUAGUCUUACAUACUUAUUUAAAUAAUUACUGUUAUACUUAUUUAUUACAAUAUUUAUACUAAUGCUAAAAAAAUGUACAACAAUGAAUUUUUCU